AUGGUGGAGCUGCGUGAUGAAUCCCAAGAUGCGAGCACGGAGACCCAUGAGGAAGUUAGUGAAAAGGUUCGCCGGCCAAUUAGCAUGGAAGACUCUGACUCAGGCGGAAACUUCUCUAAGAUAGAUUCUGAGGAUCAAGAAGAACCUAAUCGCUCCAACCCUCACCUCAUCAUGAGCCAAGCAACUAGCCUUCUAGCCAUUCCUACGACGAAGCCAACUACAACUCAAACCCCUCCUGACAAACUCGGAUUUGGGAGCUUCGUGACUAGGCAUCUCAUUACCUUAGAAGGCACAAGUGGUGUCAUCGUGUCUGAGUUGUUCACCACCAGCCAAAAUGCCUUCGCUUUAAUCGCAAACCCCUUGGUCUCUAUCCCAACCAAUGAAGAGACUAUUGAAGAAUUAGAGGAGACAAGGGAAAGAUUGGAAGCAAUGACGAGGGACACCACCACUCCUGUUGAGGAAGGAUGCCAUGCUAGCCCCGUUGAUAUUCCACCUAUUACUCAAACGAGUAACGCUAUUGACUUGGGCAUGGCUAGUCUUGAUGACAAACUUGCAUAUCUAAAAGAAUUUGAGAGCCCAUGUGCGCUUCUUGUUGCUUUCGUAAUUAUUCCCUUUAAGUAG